AUGAUAAUUAAUGAUUUGCUUAUUCAUUUAAACUUGUUUAUAUGCUAUUUCGUCACCAAUUUCUCUACAUUCAACAUAUCACGAAAACGUAUAAUGCUAUAUAUAUGCCAUGUUCACUUCAAGCAUAUUAUUGUUCCUAAGCAUAUAAAGAAGAAUUUAAACUUUGCACACCUUCUUCCGAAGAAGUCAGAUAAAGGCUACAUUCGGUAUUCUUAUUAUGCGUUAAGGAUACUGUCCACUCACGUUUUUUAUAUGCUUAAAAAAGGUUGCCCAAGCUUGUGCACGCUUCCCAUGAAGCUAACUAAUGAUUGUAGUUCCCAUCAGCUUGGGAGCAAACAUCCAUGGUGA